AUUUGAAUUUUGCACGAUGGUGUCACAUUUCAAAGCAGGAGAGAUUAGCUAUGUAGCUCCCCACUGAGCAGACGGGCUGUGUCGUUUGGGAUCACAACAACUAGUGUCAGGUCUGGUCAGACGAUCUGCGGCCUCCUACAUGUGCUGAACUUUCCCCAGCUCUCGACUCCACAUGGUUCAAUCUCAGUUCUUGGCCUCCAGGUGAGCAGACGGCUCUCCCCACCACAGUUUUAGUUCCUCUGCAUCACUCCCAAGUCUUUGAAUGGCAUCAUAGUGGAAGACUUGACUUUUCUUUUUGAAUUAGUGGUGCAAAAAUUCAUCCAGGGACCAAACUUUUGGCAGGUACAAGAUACAAGAUUCUGUGGAGACAAUGUCAAAAGUGAAUGGUGAUAUAUAUGAGAUGCCACAACUGUCACAGAUUCAGUGACUCAGAUGAGAUAAUAUUGUCUUGACGACUUGCCAUGAAAUUGUUGCAGACAGCAACAGGUAUAGCCAAUCCCGAGGAAGCACAUUUCGUCUGGUCGACAUAGCCAAGAGGAGACAUUCUGCAGGAUCAUAGUUUGUUUACAUAAUUAUUCAAUGGUUAAAGCUGUGAGAUCUUCACCAGUGUGAUAUCAUCAAGGCUCAGCAGGUAUCUGGGCUUUAUUUACGUCUUCUCAUGCAUAACAACCUGCUGUUUUCUCAAGGAAACUACUCUCUGUAAUGUGGAAUCCCAGGAAAUGUCAGUGAAUUUCUGACAGAUCGGCACAGAUAGUUAGGAUAAUUUCCCACAAACAGCAUCAUUCAUGGAAGAACAAAAGACAAGCUUUAGUUGAAUCAAGGAAGGAAACUGGUUCUGAAAACAGUCGAUACUCCUGUAAAAAUAGCUGGAUUAACCCUUACUGGACUGGGUCAUUUACCACGAAGUUGUCCACUGACCCUGCAGGACUUGGCCAUGUGGAGCAUGCAUGUGUAAUAACAGUGCUGUGGUAUUAGUAUGGCCAAUAAACUCAGCUCAUAAAGAAACCUGAGCUACCAUCAACAAGCCUUAUCAGGAAAUCACAUAUAUCGGAAGUGAACUGUAUCUCUCCUUGAUUAAUGUAUUAAGUUACACUAGAAAAACUGUGGAGACUAAAAUACUCAGUUAUUAAUAGCCUGACAUUAUUCUGUUACUAUUGAGGUAUUUCACAGUCAGUUUUAAUGACAUCCUACCAGCAGAUUUGUGGCUUUUGGGAUGAGGUAUUACAGGAAUUAGUCUGAUUACAUCGCUGCGAUUCUCUCAUCGGUGUAGCAUCUGUGCGAACUUGGUAACUCCCUGCUGGGAUGGUUAUAUAUUGGGCUGACCAUACAGCUCUCCGUCUACCUGCCAUUGAAACAUUUACAUCCAACCUGCAUGCUGAUAGAUCAGUCUUGCCAAGCAGUCUGGGAAAACAUCCCACUGUGUUCUGCAGUGAGUAAUUGUUUGUACUGAGAGUUAAAUGUGGAAUUGGGAAUAACUGCUUUAUAAAGCCUUUCAAUUGACUGAUGUGGCAGUGAAGAGGUGAUGGCAGUAUUUAUGUCUGUGGUUCUAAAGUGAUCUUCUUCAUGAGGAGUAUAUGGUGCUGAAGACCGAUGUGGAUUUUGAGUUACACUGAAGUCAAGAGUGUUAUGACUUUGAAGCAUCUUCAUCUGGAGUAAAUGAACCCCAAGUGACCGAAGACCAACUUUCUGAUGCUUUUAUCUUUAACUACAAGAAAUCCAGUGUCACUAAGUAAUUGGCUUUGGGGGAAAGGUUUGUAAAACAUCAGACUGAUAUAAACCUGACAUUCAGAAGGAAUUAUUGUCUAUGCCAGACAUAUUAAAUUCCCAAGACAAAUCAUAUGUCAGGAAAGAAGGGAGAAAAUUGACAUUAAUAAGUUUUUCGACUCCUGCAUGGACUUUAGUGGUGCUGUGUUUAUUGUGUGUUACUGACUCAUUCCCCCACCACCAGCAUCCUUGUAAGCAGUGUGCUGGAGCCACCACUGUCACAUACCAGGCCCGGCAGGACUGGUCUCUUGCUGGAGGAGCAGGGGAUGCCUGUUAUCUAAUCAACUUGUGGGGGCACGGAGUUGAGAACAGGUCACAUUUUAGGAUACUUCUGAGGUGUUGCUGAAGUUGUGGGGACAUUUUUGUUAAAGGCAAUCACCAGAAGUGUGAAUGAUAGGCCUUGAGGAAUGUCUAGCAACUUGUUGUUGAAAGAAAAAGAGGACUCCAAGUUUUCGUGAACACUUCAGACAUUGAAUGGUUAAACUGCAAUAAGUGCCAAGUUGGGUGUAAUUGUUUCAAGUAAAGUGGUGUUAUUUUGAUUUCGAGUUUUGUUUACAAAAGUUGCACUUUGCCUUGUUAAGCCAAAAUACCAGCUGAUAUAAGCCUCCAUCAGUUUGCUGGCUUGCACUUUGCUACCUAAACACAAGCGUGAUCUGAUUGAUAAAGGCUGCUGCUCGUAACAAAAGUUUUGUUUAGGAUAAUGUAAACAGCAAGGGCCUCCCACUGAGGCUGGUUUAAAACAUAUUCUGUGUAUUUUUGUCACAGGAUUAUACCAUUAUCCGACAAAUGCUAUCAAGUGGCACCUGAUUUGUUUAGAGUGCAACACUUCUGAUUUGGAACUGUGCAAACAAUUGCUCUCUAGUGUCACACAGAUAAGCAGUUGUGUGGAAACCAUUAUAUAGAAUCAUCUGUCAACAAGUGGGGAAAGUGUGUUUGGGACAUAAUGGAAGCAUGGUGUAACUAGAGCCAGCCUCACCGCCUCAAGCUUUAUCUCAUCCCUCAGCACCUGGAACACUGCAUAGACUGGGAUUGGUUCUCACAACUUUCACAUUUCUACAGGAUUACUUUUUCUGGCUUCGAUCAGUGAAGACUUGAGUUAUCCUGGAUUCUCAGUCAGGAAGUUCUACAGCCAGGCUGUUCUUGGUCAGGUAUUUCUACAGUCACAGGGACCCAUAGUCAGAUGAAUGGACCAAGUGAUCCUUUAGGGAGAUCCUCCUUCUAGAAGAUCCACAUUCAGGAUCCCCAGCCUGGGAGAUCCAUUGUUAAGAAGAUCCACUUUCCAGGAGAUCCACAUUCAGGAAUUUCGAAACAGAGUCCCGAGUGCAGGGAGAUCCUUUCAGGAGCUCCACAGUAGCUGAGAGAGGGUAUUUCCCUCUGUGUCCUUCAACAAUCCUACUGACAAGUAGGAUUGGAUAUUAGAACUUUUUUGAAGCAGAUCACGAGAGACUUUCCAAGAUGUGGGAGGACCCAGUCGGAUCGUAUGUGAACAUCCCCCUCUACAACAGGAUGAACUUCUCAACUGUACCUCGGAAAGCGGUCAGCAAAAAGACGUGGUACCUGGUUCACCAUCACCACACCUAUGCAAACUUCCAGGGCAAUAGAAUGGACGAGUUUGGGGACGAGUUUCGCUCCAUCAACCAUUCCGAGAGGAUGAUGAAAAAAAUGGAGAACUAUGUGAGCAAAAACACUCUGUGUGAUGUUACCCUUAUUGCUGGAACAAAGCGUAUUCCAGCGCACAGGCUCGUCCUCAGCGCAGCCUCGGACUACUUUGCUGCGAUGUUCACAAGUGAUGUCAGGGAAGCUACGAUGUCCGAGAUCAAGAUGAAGGAUGUGGACCCAGAUGCAAUGGUGUCCCUCAUUAACUACACAUACACAGGUAAGAUCGAGCUGAAGGAGGAGACUGUGGAGAGUCUGUUGUCGACGGCAUGUCUGCUGCAGCUGUCGGAGGUGGUGGAGGCAUGCUGCAGCUUCCUCAUGAAGCAGCUCCACCCCUCAAACUGUAUCGGCAUCCGCCAGUUUGCCGACGCUCAGGGAUGCACCAACCUCUACAAGGUGGCCAACAACUACGUGAUGGAGAACUUUGUGGAGGUGAUGAACAACCAGGAAUUCCUCAUCCUCCCGUCGGAGGAAGUCUGUAACCUCCUUGCCAGCGAUGACCUCAACGUACCCAACGAAGAAACCAUCUUCGAAGCUCUUGUCAAGUGGUCCAAACAUGAUUUGAAUAACAGGAAAAAAUGUCUUCCCAAACUUCUGUCUCACAUCAAGCUUCCACUGAUGGCGCCACAGUUCAUUGCGGACUGUGUGGAGACGAACCCACUGUUCCGGGAUGACAAGGAGUGCCAGACCCUGAUCAUGGAGGCCCUCAAGUACCAUCUGCUCCCGGAGCGCAGGUCCUCUUUCCAGAGCCCCCGCACCAAGCCCCGCAAAUCCACCGUCGGGGUCAUGUAUGCCGUGGGAGGCAUGGACUGUACCAAAGGAGCCACAAGCAUCGAGAAGUAUGACCUCCGUACCAACACGUGGACGCAGGUGGCCAACAUGAAUGGUCGCAGGCUGCAGUUUGGUGUUGCUGUCUUGGAGGACAAGUUGUUUGUCGUUGGGGGCCGAGAUGGGCUGAAGACUCUCAACACCGUGGAGUGCUACGACCCCAAGAAGAAGUCGUGGACUCUCAUGCCUCCUAUGUCCACCCACAGGCAUGGUCUGGGAGUGGGUGUUCUGGAGGGGCCGAUGUACGCGGUGGGAGGACAUGAUGGCUGGUCAUACCUGAACACCGUGGAGCGAUGGGACCCCCAGGCCCGACAGUGGAGCUAUGUGGCCCCUAUGUCCACCACACGCAGCACCGUGGGCGUCGCCUCCCUUGCUGGGAAAUUGUUUGCUGUGGGUGGUCGUGAUGGAAGCUCCUGCUUGAAGUCGGUGGAGUGUUUCGACCCACACACCAACAAGUGGACACACUGCACCCCGAUGUCCAAACGGCGGGGUGGCGUGGGCGUGGCUACAUGUAACGGGUUCCUGUAUGCUGUCGGGGGUCACGAGGCUCCGGCUACCAACCCCACCUGCAGCAGAUUUGAGUGUGCAGAACGAUAUGACCCGAAGACGGACCAGUGGACCAUGAUCUCCCCGAUGAGCUCCCCCCGAGAUGCUGUGGGCCUCUGCCCACUAGGAGACAAGCUGUUCGCUGUGGGGGGUUAUGAUGGCCAACAGUACCUCAAUGAUGUGGAAUCGUAUGAUCCCAUCACCAAUGAGUGGACCAAGGUUGCGUCACUGUGUACGGGUCGAGCGGGCGCGUGUGUGGUCCAUGUCCCUUCUAGCUGACUAGCAAGAAAGCGGUCACUCGCCCUGCUCAAGAAGUGGCCCUCAGGACUCCUCCACCUGAAGAAGGUCAAGUCUCAGCUGUCUACCUGGCUCUAAUCAACACACUACCAUGACAACCAUCAUGUUUCCAUGGUGAUUGUCAUCUUCCAAGUCUCAGGAGUUUGAUAACCAUCAUUUCCAUCUGUAUCCACAAUGAUUCCAUUCAUCUCUCUGACUGUCCUUCACCUCGUCGAUACGUCCUUGAGAUGAAACCAACUUCGCCCUUCAUUGUCAAAACACUACAUUUCUCCACUGUUAUUAUGGAAUAAAGAUUCUCCAAGUGUCCAUCGACCCAUCUGCAAGGAUGACUAGUCCAAACCUGUCUCAGCUGGAUCAGACCAGGGAAAUCCAGCUGUGUUCUCUAUACACUGUCUGCUGAAGUGUGAUGUUGAGAUGACCUGCUGACCUGCUGGUAGUCCAGGAGUUUGUCCGCUGUGUGGAAUCUGAUGAGAUUCUGUCUUGGGUAUCUGUGAGUGACUGCUUCCAUUGCUGCUUCCGUUGGCUGCCAAGAUCAAGGCUGCUUCUGACGGAUAUGUCCAGUGAGAAUUUUGACAGUAAUUGUUUGAUUCAGGAUUCUGUCAGAUAGAAUUCUGUAAGCAUUGGUUUUAUCAGAGAUGCCUCAGCUAGCCUUUAUGGCAGUGAUUGCUCAGAUUUUGAGAGUCAUGAAUGUGAUAUGAAAUGUUUUUGGGGUCUAUUUGGAGCCAUCGUGGCUCAUUAUUGGUGACAAUAAGACAUGUUUGCUUUGUGAUCAAAUGCUUGAUUGAUAGGCAAGCUUAUGGAAACUAUUAUCAAAAGUGCUGCUUUGGAUGCAAGGAGAGAGAUGCGUGAACUUGCAUCCUGUAAUACUGAACUAUGGAUGUAGUGGAUUCUGAAUCCGUUUCCUAGGCGAUGUGAUUUUGAUGGAAACAAGUUUCAACCAGGUUUUUGACAUCAAAAGUCUCGAGAGAUGGGUUUCGAUGAGUCUGACACGAUACACCUGACUCCGUGUCUAUUCAUCUGAUGGGUGGAAGUUUGCAUGUAUGUGAGUUUGGACUGAAAUACCCCUGCACUUUCAGAAGACAGUUGAUAUGCAAAAUGUUUCGAAUGUUUCGACAGUUUUUGUCAGGAAAAUAAUGGUGUGUUCUGUAUCUAGUGAUGAAGACCUUGCUUCAAGAUGAGUGAGGUCCUGCGUCUAGUGAUGAGAGGUGUAGCAUAUAUUUGUCCUUUAGGACUUUUUGAAAGAAACAUAUCGCAACUAUUGUAAUGUGAGUUGACUGCAUCGUUACAUAGGACCUGAUUCUGUGGUGCUGAAAAGUGUGCCUUAACUCAAGCCAUUCAAGAGAUCUUUCACAGUCAGUGCUCAACUCUAUUAGAAACAUAAACAGCGCAGGACGUUGUUUUCUGUCAACUACUGCAUUCGUAGCUCUUCGAAGGAUGACGUCAAAGUGUGCAAUGAGAUUAUGAAAAAUUCAACUCUUAUUCAAGCAUCAAUGCAAAAUAUUGUGAACCAUAUUGCUUUAAGUGUGUGGAUUUAAAAAUAUUUUGAUGUUUAUCAAAAUAUUUUUGUUACAAAACCUUGAAAUGUUACACUUUACACUGGUUUGGUGGGGGGAGGGGGAGGGGGAGCAUCUGCAAUGCUGUUUAAUCUUAAAUAUAUUACCAUAAUGUUGAAUGUGAUCGUGUGCUGUGCAAUCAGUCAGUCAAUCAAUGUCUAUUUAAAAAUCAAAUAGGAUUCAGUAUGGUUAAAUCCUGUCAGAUCCUUUCUAUUAGCGGAUGUGCUAAUAUUGUGUAGGAAAUGUGUCACGUAACUACAACACACUUUGAGUAGCAUUCGCUUCACUUGCUAUUCUAUAGGAUUUGUUUUGGUGUUUGGCCUGAUAUUUAUUGACAUACAUAGAAUAAUAUGGUAUCUUGCCCAAUAGCUGAAAUAUUUUUACUAUAAUUAAUAUUUUUCUAGUCAUGGAAAAAUAAAUGGCAGAGUGCUUCAGUUAGCUUGGUAGUUAAUUCUUUCUGCUUGUAGGAUCUGUGUAGUAGGGCUCAAUGGAUGGAUGUUAAUUUAUGAUGAACGGCUGCAAAAUUUACUUCAUGUAAACAAUUUGUUUAUGGAUUCUGAUCGAUAUCCUGUGAAUAUAAUUUGAGGUAAUUUAUUGUGUUUAUGACAACACUAGUCCGAGGAUUAUUAAGUCUGUUCAUUCUUAAUCAUUGAACUUAAUGAUGAAAGGUAAUGUAUUUUGAAAACAGGAAUUGUUUCAAAUGUUGUUUUUUACCUCCAUGAUGAAAAUACUAGAACAAGAUGGGUGCAAUGUUAUUCUUGUUACUUUGAGCAUUGUUAAUCAAUUUUUACGAAAUUUGCAACUUGUCAUUCACUUUUGAAUAAUUCAUAUUUGCUUGUUCGUGCAGUUAUCCCCAUUUAAGAAAUGUUGGUUAUUUAAUAAUCCCCUUCCAAGAGUUGAGGAUGAUUGUGUUUAGAGUUGUUAGUUUUGUUACUAUACCGUCUUUGCUGUGCAAAAACAUCCGGGUUUAUACAGGGCAUUGAUUAGCUGUGAAAUUGUAGCUCUGUACUGCUUGUACUAUCCAACAAUGUCAGAUUGUGAAAACAGCAGUACCUUGCUACAAUCAUUUCGGACAGUACAAGCAGAGAGUUACAUAGCUGCAACAAUUUCAGAUAGUAAAAGCAGAGCAGUACGUAACUAUGACGAUGUUGGAUAGUAAAAGCAGGGCAGUACGUAACUACAACAAUGUUGGAAAGUAAAAGCAGAGCAGUACGUAACUAUGACGAUGUUGGAUAGUAAACAUGGUAAAAGCAGGGCAGUAUGUAACUAUGACGAUGUUGGAUAGUAAACAUGGUAAAAGCAGGGCAGUACGUAACUAUGACGAUGUUGGAUAGUAAACAUGGUAAAAGCAGGGCAGUACGUAACUACGACAAUGUUGGAUAGUAAAAGCAGAGCAGUACAUUGCUACAAAUUCACAGCUGGAUCUAGAUAGUCGUGUCUAUAUUGGACAGGUGUGACAAGUUUGGUGAUAUGUAGUUAAGGAGUUAUUUACUGAUGGUGUCUGGACCUAACACACUGAUAGCGGUGCUUCUGUAACAUAGAAUCCUCACUGUAUUGUACAAUAUGAAUAAUGUAUUAUGCUACUGUGUACAGGGACUUGUAUUUCACUUCUGUCAAAAACAGCUAUUGAAUCAUAUGGAAAAUCAAUUCUAAUCUGACCUUUUAAGUUUGAAGUGAUUUUCUUUAAAUGCACUGUACUUUCAUCUCUUCUUUGGUUUUGUCAGGUAAUAUUUGUUCCAUUGAGGAUAUAUAUGUACAUACGUUCAUGAACCUUGUUUGUGGUGGGAAAGUUGGAUCAGGUCCUUUUUCGUUUGUGAACAUUCACGUUUCUUGGACCUGAAGACCUGUCUUUCUGGAAUGAACUCAUUUACAUGUGUCACAGAACUAACUCCAAAUUGAGCAGGAAGUCACUACAAUGACCUUUGACAUUCCAUGUGACCAUGGUAGUAUAUUCUUGACAACUAGGUAUAUUCACAGCCAUCAUUGAUGAACAUCGGCUGUAGAUCUCUUGUUGAUCCCCGAGUCCCAUACAACCUGAUCAUAGAGCCAAUCAUCACAGAUCUUUUAAUUUGUAAAGGAAAUUGAGAUAUGUUUUAAAAUAUUAUUGCUUUUGCUUCUCACUCCCUUGAGAAAAGAUCAGCAAGCUUUUUGUUUCAAUGUACCGUUUUAAAAAUUAUCUUUUUAAGUACCAAGAUUGAGCACCACUUUGUCUUUUUGUAUCGCAGCAAUUUAGGGUAUGAAAGAAGGGAUAUUUCAAGAUGAUAAUACUUAAAGAUUGAAUACUAAAAUAAUUUUGGGCUAGUAAAUUCAGACUUGGCAUGGACUACAGAGAUAGAAACUGCAAGAGAUUAUUUGCUUAUAUUUGCAUUUUGUUCAGUUUUAUUUCUUGUUAGCGAUCAUUUAUCAGAAACUACAGCGUCCAUGAGUAAGAAAAAUCAGCAUUACUUGUGUUAGUCUAAGAAAGUACUGGCCAGUAAAAUGUCGUGAUCAUCGUCAUCUUAUUCCGAUGCAUUUUUUCAGUAGCCAAAGAAACACGUUCCAGUCAGUAUAGACAGAUUUUAGAUGUUGAUAUAGCCAAAAUAUUCAACAUGCCAAAGUACAUGUAGACACUGAAUGUGAUGUUGUGUCUCAUGCUGUGACAAGGACUUUAAGCAACAACAGUAAAUAAAUGAUACGUUUAGCCAGUAAACAUUUUUCAUCACUUUCACUGGAGAAGUUUUAGUUUCAACUUGCAUCAUAUUCUCUUUAAAUAUUGUAUCAUCUAUUGUUUGAUGGGUUUGCCAACCAGUCACUGUACAAAACAUUGAGUACCAAUUUGCUAUAUAAUGUAAAGUCAGUCUUGACUUGGAACAUUCACAAUGCUAUCUUGCCUCUGAUUGGUUGGUUGUGGAUCUGUCGUGUUUGUUGAUUGGUGUUUUGUUAUUAGAUGUAUCAUUGAUCAUGUGUGGAACCCUGCACUCUAGAGCCAAUCCCAGCUUGGAGGGUGUGACAAGAGUGUUAUAGAACUGUACUCACCAUAGACCCAGGACGUUGUGCAGCUAGUAAUACACCUUGUACAUGCCUGCAUACAGGGGAUGGUGUCACACUUGGUAGUUUUCAGAAUUUAAGGAAAAUUCAGUAACAUAUGCAAGAAGUGAGGCAUAUUUCAAAUGUGUUUUUCCAUCAAUGCAAUUAAGAAAAGAUGUUUAAAACAUAUUUUCAAUCAAUCAGUUUUAUUUUUGCAAAUUAAGAUUUGAAUCGACAUUGAUUUGGCCAAAUAUAUCAAAUAUUGAUAUCUGAAAACAUGCCAGCUUUCCUCACUUUACUCAUGGGAGGAUUGUAUAAUUGGGCAGGUUAUUUCUGAGAGAAAUGUAUGGUUUUUGAAAGUUCUACAGUAUUCUGAAUUAAUAUCAGUGUCAGUUUGGAUAGCUUCCCAGAGGCUAACAUCAUGAUGGAAAGGAGCCAUGGUGAGUUUGUCUGCUGGUAGAGCCACCUCUGUGACAUGCUGUGUUGGCUUGUGUGAUACAUGUAAAUAUAGCCAGAAAUGGGAUACCCUCUCUACAGAGGUGGGUCAUAUUUUCAAAACCAGCAAUUGUAACCAUUCAAACCUAUUUAUGAAACAUGUUAGAUGUGAAAGCUUUUCAACAUACGUUAAACAAAUUCAAAAGUAUUUAGAUGUGAUUGUCUUUUGAGAUUCUUGAAAUGUAUUAACUAUUUUUCUAUCACAGAUGACUAGUGCUACAAUAACAAUAUUCAUCUGUAUAUUAGGACCGACUAUUCUAUGUUCAUGGUGGUAAAAAAGUCUCAUUGUGGUUCUUUACAUGAGAAGCGGAACCAAUUUGUGGUGUUGACAAUUUCGUUUUCAUUUACCAAGUGAAUACAAUGGUCAAUCCCAAAGUUUGUUAGAUUUGAUGAUGAUGAAUGUUUAAUCCUCUGUAGAGAAGCAGAGGUGUCUGCUGAACAACGACACACCCUCGUAGUCCCAGUCUCCAUGUGAGGAGGCAGCACAAGCACCGUCGUUCACUCCUCGUCCUCCAUCCCAGCUGAAUAGUUAGUGUGCUUGACUUGCAGCAACCUGGCUUAGACAAUGCAACUUCUAUAGCCAUAACUCACAUCAAACUAUUUUUAUACCGACAGAAGAUAUUUUGAUAUUCAUAUUUCACGUAUCAUCCAGCCUUGUCUAGGUGCUAUCUCCAAUCAUAUCACAUAGGUACUACUGUCCAGUCCACUGAUUGUAAAGUCUAGUUGCAUUGUCUUGCAAAAAAGAUUCUUACAUCAUUGUUAUUGUACAAUAUUAUGUGUUGUCUUAUUUUUGUCCUACAUACAUGACAAUUUCAGAUGGAAUUCAUUUUAGUUUGGUUGUUUCAGUACCACGGGAACCCCUAGCUUUAAUGGUUUGAAAUCAUGGACAAUUUAAUCUAGCAUCAUUCCAGUUUAGUACUGACUGAUAUAUGUUCCUUUCAGGAAAGGGUUUCAGUUUUGUGGUUUACUAAAAGCAUUUGAUCACUUAAGUCAUACAAGUUGUAAGCACAAACUCAUUUUGUACUUUUCUACAACAAGCAGUUGUCCAACAUAUAGUAUAUCUUUCAAUCAUAUCUGCCAUCCAGCACAUUGUCAUUGUGUAUAUAUGUAAAUAGGAACUUCAGCAUAACAUUUAUUUUGCAUGACUGAAUAAAGGUUAUGGAUCCUC